GGAGACGCAUCUUAAAAAGGCCCCGUCUCAGCCAAAGAAAUAUGAGGUUUGCUAUGGCUUUAAGAAGUAAAUAAUGCUCAGUGUUUGUAAAAUUAUAUUCCUCGUACAACGUAACUUUUUAAUUAAUCAGAUAACUAAUUAAAUGUUGCGUACUGACGUAAAAUUUACUCUUGACCGAGCUAACAAAACUUGGUCCCACUAGGGCCUUCUACGUUCAUCUUAAAUUAUCUAUUUUCACGACGAGGUAAUAACAUAAGUCUGUGAGGGUCCAAACUGUUAAAUAAGCGCGGCAUGGACUCCGAGGAAGACGAAGUUUCGGGUACUCGUCCUGGUUUUGAGACUAUCGGAGACUCAAAGGAGGCCCCUAAAUCAUCCACGGACUCGGUUGAGCCGUCCAGAGGGAGAGAAGGACGUAAAAGGCGGGGGAAAACUGCAGUGACCUCCCCGGACUCCUGUGAUUCUCGUUCUAGUGCCAGCGGUUGUUUGCGUGUUUUGCGAGCCAGAGGAGCUUUAGCUGGAACACCUAUAGAGUCGAAGAAUGCCACUUCCAAGAGAAAACCUGCAAGUCUGCUUCUUGGAAAUGGAUCACGCUCCAAAAACUCACCUGUCAUGCAAACUGCCAUCAAGAAAUCCACAGUCAAAAAAGCAUCCAAACACAUUCCCAGACCAAAGCGGUCCAAAUCUAGAAAGGGCAAAGGGAGACCUUCAACCCGAGCCUCACACACCACAUCAGCAACAGCAUGCAAGUCUGAAGCAGACACGGAGGCUUCGUCAUUUGGAGAGGAAACGGGCGCUUUGAAAGGAAGCAAUGACAACGUUGCAGAUCCAGAUGUGACUCUCAACGAGGACGAUCCAUUCAGAGAUGACCCAGAUGACCUCAACUAUAAACCCGAGACAAAGACGGAAAAAUCAAGGCAGCGUACAACAUUACAACAAAAGGAAGUCAAAAAAGAGGAGUCAGAAGAGGAGGAAGAAGGAAAUGGCAUUAAAAAGCGAGGUAGACAGCCCAAAGAUGACAAAGCCCCUAGGCAGCCAAAACGAAGGAAAAAGCCUCCAGUGCAGUAUGUCCGCUGUGAAAUGGAAGGCUGUGGUACUGUCUUAGCUCACCCGCGCUACCUACAGCACCAUAUAAAAUACCAGCACUUGCUAAAAAAGAACUAUGUGUGUGAUCACCCUUCAUGUGGGCGCUUGUUUCGUCUACAGAAGCAGCUGUUGCGCCACGCAAAACACCACACAGAUCAAAGGGACUACAUCUGUGAGUACUGUGCUCGUGCCUUCAAGAGCUCCCAUAACCUUGCUGUGCACAGGAUGAUCCACACAGGAGAGAAGCCAAUACAGUGUGAGAUCUGUGGCUUCACCUGCCGUCAGAAGGCCUCCUUAAACUGGCAUAUGAAGAAGCAUGAUGCAGAAGCCUCCUACCAGUUCUCUUGCUCUAUUUGUGGCAAAAAGUUUGAGAAAAAGGACUCUGUUGUUGCCCACAAGGCCAAGAGCCACCCCGAGGUGCUCAUAGCUGAAGCCUUAGCAGCUAAUGGAGGUUCAGUAAGAAGCAGCCCCACCCCGCUAACAGAGACUGUCCCAGUGCUCACCCAGCCUGACCGGCCCUCUGUCAGUCCGGAGAGCCAGGAGGUGGUGGGUGGUACGCUCACUCCGCUACAGCAGGUUGUGCUCCCACUCGCUCAACAGGCUCAGAUAGAUGUAUCUCAAGGCCAGUUCCUCCAACUGCCAACACAUCAUAUGUUGCAGGUAGCACACCAGCAGCAAGCCCCUACCUUGCUGCACCUCACCACUGCUUCUCCCACUCACCUGCCCAGCACCAGCCACCCCCAGCUCAUCCAACUCCCCACCCUUCCUGCCAGCACUGUCACAUCCAUGAUCACGGACUCCCAGAGCACGCUCCUAACCCUGAGCUCGGUCGCCACCCUGGCUCCCCAGCAGGACACGCAGUGGGGCAGGGAGGCUGACGAAGUUGCACAGAUACCCGGGGAGGGUGAGCUGUGGGAGAGGGUUAUAGUGGACAGCAGUCAUGAGGAUGUCGGGGAAAUAAUGUGGGAGAGCAACAGGGAGAGGAGGAAGGAAGAUGAGGGGAUUGUUUGGGAGCGGGAAGGAGAGAGACAGAUUCUGUUACAGUGUGCUGAGAUUCAUGGAGAUAAUUUAAUCUAAAUAGAGAAUGAGGAACUUCAUAGAGGGUAAGAUGAAGGGACAAAAGACUGAAGAAAAUGUCAAAAGUUCAUAAACUGACAUAAAUAUUUGAAAUAACAGAAUUUAUUUCCAUGGAGUAUAACAUAGUAGUUGCAUACAGUUCUCAGUUACAGAGCUACUUCAUAUCAGGGAGUAUAAUUUGUAAUAUUAUAGAUUACAUUACUUAUUUUACCACUUAAUGAAUAUUUUAUAACUUUUGUUUUAUCACCUUGUGUUUGUAUAUAUGUGUGUAUGUUAGACUGAAAGAUGAUUGUGCAUUAUGUACAAGAAAGUCUAAAAUUACAUUUAUUUUCCCAUAGUAUCCCUGCUGUGUUUAUAUGCAUCUGUUUUGCAAAGUGAAUUGACAAAUGUCUUUGAGAUAAUGAGGUUAACUUCAGUAGUUACAGUUACUUAAAACUUGAGCAACAACUACAACCAAAUUAGGUUCUCUGUGUAAAAGAAUCUUUGGUGUAAGAUAAUAUAAGACAUAUUGAAAUGUAUUGAAUGUUUAGUCUGGACCUUGAGACAAAUCUAACUUGUUUUGCUGUCAGUAGAGGUUUGACAAGAAGAGAUUACAGUCAAAAUCUAAAAUAAGUCAUUUUUAUUGAUUAUCAGUGAUUUGGUUCUGCUGGUGUGCUAGUAAUCCCUGACAGUGAGCUGAAGCAGUUAUAUGGAAUUCAGUCAUCUUUUAUUGUUAUUAUUAUUUUUAUUCAUUAUUUACAGCUGUGCUUUUCCUACUGUGACAUGUCAAAGUGUCUCCCACAUUUUGUAAAGAAAAGAUCAAAAUCACCUUCCUCAUUUGAUUGUAUUUGUUCACCUUCCACUUUGACUUUUUUUGUCAGCAAUUGUCUUGAAGCAAUGUUAGAUAAUAAAAUGUACCUCUGUACACUGCCACUACUACUGAGUACUCAUAAGCUUCCAAUCUUAAUUUAUCAGAAAAUGUGUCCAAAAUAACUAUAAUAAACAAAUUAUGUU